CCGUUUCCUGUUCCGCCAGCGAGCGCCGGGGGCUAUAAGCGAGAGUCUCCCGCCGCACGCGCUGCGAGCAGCGACAGCGCGUCGCACGCUGACCCCCGAGCUCCAGGGCGCAUUGUGAAACAAAGAGAGACGAUUUCUUAAAUCCUUGUUUUCGCUCCCCCGUUUUGCGUCUCUCGAGUUUGCUUUGUCUCAAGACCGCGCAGAGUUUCUUGUUGCGAUGUCGUCCCACCGUGGGCUGGGCGUGCGACUGCUGCCGCCGCUGCUGCUGCUGCUGCUGGCGCUGCUGCUGCCGCUGGCGCCGAGUGCCCCCUUGGCCCCGGAGAGCGGCGGCGGCGGCGCGGACCCCCAGGACUACGGGCAGCCCGGAGAGCGCGACGCCGCCGGGGGGGCGGGCGACGGGGAAGACGACGCGCCCCUCGCCUCCUCCCUGCAGGAGAAGAGCGAGGAGAAAAUGCGCAACCUGAGGAUGGCCGUGAAAUACCUGAAGAACCUGGGCUACACGGAGACGCGGAACGACUCGAGCAGCAUGGUGCAGCUGCCCUCCUCCAUCCGCAAGAUGCAGCGCUUCUUCCGCCUGGCGGAGACGGGCGAGCUGGACGCCGCCACGGUGGCCGUCAUGAAGAAGCCGCGGUGCGGGGUGCCCGACGUGGCCGCCUACAACCUGUUCCCUCGCAAGGAGAAGUGGGACCAAGAGCAGCUCACCUACAGGAUCCUGAACUACACGCCCGACCUGGACACGCGCCUCGUGGACGACGCGUUCGCACGCGCGCUGGCGCUGUGGAGCGCCGUGACGCCGCUCACCUUCCAGCGGCUUUACGAUGGCGAGGCCGACAUCAUGAUCAUGUUCGGCCGCGGAGAGCACGGCGACGGCUACCCGUUUGACGGCAAGGACGGGCUGCUGGCACACGCCUUCCCUCCGCGCAGCGGCGAGGGGGGAGACUCGCACUUCGACGACGACGAGGAGUGGUCGCUCGGGGAGGGCAAAGUGAUCAAGACGCGCUUCGGGAACGCCGAGGGAGCCACGUGCCACUUCCCGUUCUUCUUCGAGGGCGUGGAGUACAACGGCUGCACCGCCAAGGGCCGCAAGGACGGGAUGCUGUGGUGCUCCACCACCGCCGACUACGACACCGACGCCAAGUAUGGCUUCUGCCCCUCUGAAAGCCUCAUGACGUUCGGCGGCAACGGCGGCGGCAAGCCGUGCAAGUUCCCCUUCGUGUUCCUGGGCGAGACGUACGACUCGUGCACCGCCACCGGGCGCAAGGACGGCUACCGCUGGUGCUCCACCACGGAGGACUACGACCGCGACAAGCUCUACGGCUUCUGCCCCUCUGACGCCAUGGCGACGUCGGGCGGCAAUGCGCAGGGCGCGUCGUGCGUCUUCCCCUUCGUGUUCCUGAGCGACUCGUACGACGCCUGCACGCAGAACGGCCGCAAGGACGGAAAGUCCUGGUGCGCCACCACCUCCAGCUUCGACGAGGACAAGAAGUGGGGCUUCUGUCCCGAUGCUGGCUACAGUCUCUACCUGGUGGCGGCGCACGAGUUUGGCCACGCGCUGGGCCUGGAGCACUCGCAAGAGGAGGAGGCUCUCAUGUUCCCCACCUACAAGUUCACGCGCGACAACCCGCUCACCCCUGAUGACAUCGCCGGCAUCCAGUACCUCUACGGCGAGGGGAAGGGCGGGAAGCCCUCCAAGCCCACCAAGGCCCCAGUUGCCCCACCGACUCAGGCUCCCGACACGGGGCCCAAGUACGAGGUGUGUAAGGACGUCAAGGUGAAAUUCGACGCCAUCGCCCAGAUCAACGGGCAGGUCUACUUCUUCAAGAACAAGAUGCACGUGCGCGUGGCGCAGCCAGGCUCGCGGGCGGGCCGUCCCCGCUGGAACGCCGACGUGUGGGAGGGCCUCCCCGAGAGGGUUGAGGCUGCGUACGCCGAACCCAGCAGCAACCACACCGUGUUCUUCUCCGGCACCAAGUAUUGGGCGUACGCGGGCGGCAAGCUGCUGCCGGGCUACCCCAAGAGCUUGACGCGACUGGGCCUGCCCGCGGAGCUGACGGGCCUGGAUGCGGCGUUCUACUGGUCCCACAACAAGAAGACGUACCUCUUCGCUGGGGACAAGUACUGGAGAUACAACGAGCACAAGAAGAAGAUGGAUGCCGACUACCCCAAGCUGAUCGGCGACUACUGGAACGGCGUGCCGGACAGCGUCGACGCCACCUUGGCACACGGCGGUGCCGUCUACUUCUUCAAGGACUUCUACUACCAGAAGUACAUGGACCGCAACCUGAGGCUGAGCAAGGUCGGGGUCUGCCUCAAGGACUGGCUGGGAUGUUGAUGAGCCCAGCGAGAGGCGGGUCCUUUCCGCCGGCUCUCGUGCCCUUGCAGCGCUGCGGGGGCCCCUUCCGUGGGUGCCUCUGUGGGUCCUUGUGACGUCUAUGGGGUCCUUGUGACAUCUGUGGGGGUCCGUGUGACAUCUGCACGCCGCUUGACUACCACCCUCCCGACUGCUCUGCGUGCGUGUCAGGUGCUGCCUGCGCUACCACUGACAGCCGUGCCUCAUUGUCGAGAGGCUCUUAUGCGCCCCUCUUCCGGGACACUGCUGUGUUGUACAAUACAAUAUGAGAUAAAAGCUAAACUAUUUUUUUUAAUUUUACCAAGGAAGCCCCACUGAGCUAUGUAGCUCUUUUUUUCCCCGAAGUGUCCUGGCCACCAAUGACAAAUACUCUAAAUGUGUGGUGAUGUUGAUUCUAAAUGUGGGGGGAAAACCGGAGAAUCCGGAGACAAAUCCACACCACCACGGGGAGAGAGCGAGAGAGACCUGCAAACUCCAAAUAUACAGCAGGCGUCAAGGGUGGGAAUCGAACCCACGAGCCUCCUGCAUGCCAGGCGAGGUAUUUAACAUCUAGGAAAGCCUCACUUGAGUUUCAAGGACUCGUUUACCAGCCGGGUUCCUGCCGAGUCUCGCCGUAGGGGCCAAUGUUGUCGCGUGGUUUUUUCUUUCCCCAAAGCGUGCGGCCUCUUUCAAACCCGCGACGCCGCGUCCUCGCGGACCGACGAUGUCGUUACCACGCGCAUCGCGUCGCGGUGGACGAUCGACGCCCCCCGUGACGUGAGCGGCGCGUAAGUGUUUAAUGAGGUUUACACGCCCGCAGGAUUAACCGGCUUUCUAAAGAAAGGACUUUCAAUCUGGAUGAUUUAAACGUGCAUGACUCCCAGUGGCUUCCUUAUAUCAGAAGAGCGUUCCAGACGGCCGCAUCGUCAGAAUCACCACCAUCAUCAACGCCAACAUCCCCCACUUCCUCAUGCAGGUACCUCCUCAACAUGACCAUCAACAUGACCACCGCCAUCACCACCAUCAUGUAUGUAUGUUGAACUUCUAUCGCACCGUACGUAGCCAACCGCGCUAAUCGGAGCUGCGCGGGGGAAGGACAACAAACACUAAACACACUUAAAACGAUGGUGGCGGGCACGAACCGCAAACCUCCGCAACAAGUCGGUGGAACCGCGCCUCCACCGCUCGGGCGGGAAGUCACAGGGGAGGGGGCAGAACGUGGGGACCUGCACCUGGCACCCGGCGCUCCUCUCUCGCUGCUGUGAAGCAAUGCCCUCCGCAGUGCCAACUGAAGCAAGGCCCCCCAACCCACUCUCGUUAAUUCUCGCAGCCCGCAUGCUGCUGCUGCUGCUUGCACUCGCCCGCGAUGCCUUGGCCUGCUUCGAGCCUCGCUCACCCCCCCUGCUCCUCCUCGUCACCCCUCUCAUUAUCCCUGUCAGCAUCCUCAUCGCCGUCACCAAGCACUCGACCACCCACCACCAACAACAAGAACACAUCUCUCCCGAUGGCCUUGUCAUUGUUGUGGAAUAUGGUCAAACAACCCCCGUGGGGAGAGCCUCAUACUGCACCUGCCAUUAGCAUGCUUGGCUACGUACGGUGUGAAAGAAGUUCAACACACACGCCUACAUCAACGCAACGACUGACGUACAGAACAUCGUCGACUUGUUAGGGCGACUGCUGUUGGCGAGCGCCUAUUAAGGCCGACGGAGCAUGCAAGGAUUGUCGUGUGGCCAGCAGCCGUGCCCGGCAGCCUUUGUCUCUCCCGUGCUGAUGUUGAAGCACCGCAACAGUCCACAACGACACCAACGCGACCAGCAUCGUCGUGGUCGCCAUCAUCGUCGUCGUUGUCUAGGCAGCGGCUGGAUUGGAAGUGAUUUCCCACAACUCCCAUUAGGAUGGCUUGGCUAGGGAAGAGGUGCAAGGCCUGCACAACAUCAAGUUGUUUUCAUUUUCUUUUCCACGGCCGACCUCUCGACCCCUUACGUCUUCUUCCCUUCCGUUUGGCCCCAACUCGACGGGUGAAGCUUUGGGGUUGUUUGUCGUCUCUCCGAGUUCACGCGAACAUCCCGUGGAGGUUUGUUUGGUCUUCUUGCCCGUUCUUGCUCCUUACCCUCCCCUCUGCUGUCCCCUCCUCUCUGCUCCCACGACGACGACGACGAAUUCUUUCAAAAUAAACAGCGGCCGUGGCUGCCUGGCUGGCGCAACGCGCGAAUCUGACUCGUUCCAAAAGCUGAAAAUAAUAAUAAUGACCAUGAUGAUGCAUAACGAGCACAUUAAAGUCAGAAUUUCCUCGAAACCGUCGAUAAUUAUGAUUACUAUGAAAUGGCUUUUUAGGUCCCGUAGGAGGAUAAACAGUGCCCUUGGAGAUGUCAACACCCACAGGCAGCUGAGCUUUCAGAGGUGCUGGGCGGAGCAGGGCUGCUGCUGCUGCUGCCCAGCGUGUGUUGUUGUUGUUGUUGAAUCUGCGUUCACCACACGUGUGCGGCUAAAGCGAAACACCGUCGCGUUUAUUAGCGCUGUGACUGCGACGCUUUUUAGAUUCAUCUUCUUGGUUCUUUCGGUAAAGUCACGUAGAAUGGAAAUAAUAAAAUAAUAAAAAGAAAACAAUAAAAUAAUUCUCACGACGUUUCGGCCACAACGCAAGUAGCCGUCCUCAGGUGGAGAACAGGUCUGUCGAGGAGACAGUCAUUCAGAAUUAUGUUAUUAUGUUUUUAUUUUUAUUAUUUUAUUAUUUCCAUUCUACGUGACUUUACCGAAAGAACCAAGAAGAUGAAUCCCUGAAGUCACGAAAGCUUUAAAUCGAGCCUUUCAGAUUGUCAUGUUUUCUUCUUCGUGCAUCAGGAGCUACAAUAGGGGGGGGCAGGAGCGGGGGGGCUGCAUCCACUGUGGGUAAGCGAAACCCCCUAAAAGAUCACAAAUGUGUGCGCUAAGCCAGGGUUCUUCAUCGCAAGGGCCGCGGGUGACUGUCGGCCCCUGGUGGCCUUUCGUGCGGCCCGCGACAAUACACACAAUGAACAAUACACACAAUGAACAAUACACACAAUGAACAAUACACACAAUGAACAAUACACACAAUGAACAAUACACACAAUGAACAAUACACACAAUGAACAAUACACACAAUGAACAAUACACACAAUGACGCAAGGAGUGAAAACACUCCCCCUAAAUAAUAAUCGUCGCGCUGUCAAAACCCCCCACUGGUUUGAAAUGUGUGGCGGCCCUCACACUGACGAUGUCUCAUCGGCGUAAAGUGCCCUCCUCCCCCAUGCCUCUGCAAACGAAGUGUAAGCACCGGGCGCGAGGCGGACACCCGCCGUGACGUUUGGACAAACCCGCCGUGACGUUUGGACAAACCCGCCGUGACGUUUGGACAAACCCGCCGUGACGCUCUGGCGCCUCGUGCGCUCCUGGCUGCGGCACGGGGACGCGAAUGGCGGCGGUCGCGCCGAGACUUUAAUGCGAUUCUAAAAACGAAUAGACACAAAAAAAACCCUCGGAGGUCAACGGCCGCCGGUAACGGCGGUGUGAUGCGUGGCCUCACAAGGAGGAACGUUCUAAAGGGCAACUGUUUGUAGGACGAUGGGCCCUUUCGUUUGUGCGCGCUAUGAAGAAGGGCCAUGGCCCGAAACGUCACCUAUUUUUAUAUAUAUAUUUUUUUCCUUUCAAGGCCAACGAGCGGCUCUAUCCACGGACGCGUGGGGUUGUUUUGGUUUUUGUCGUUUGCGCGCCACGUGGGCGGCCGUCAAUUGAAUUCUCUCCCACCAGGGAGUGUUCGUAGUCCUACCCCCCCCUACCACCCCCCACCACCACCCCCCUACCACCCCCACCACCACCCCCCUACCACCCCCCCACUUAUUUGUGGCCCCGGAGCAACCGAUAUUUGCUCUGGUUUAGGGGGUACAAAAAAAAGAAAUUGGCUACAUUUGGUGAGGACGAAAGUUAGGCCCAAAACAACACGGAGAGUGAAACAACACGGGGAGCGUGCCACCGACGGACCCCGCCCCCCGCCGUUGGUGAAAGUGUCACCGCUCAAGGCUUUCUCCGUUUGCGCGAUGGAAGAGUCAGAAUUUGUUUAAAGCAAAACGUGAAAAAAGGGCUGUACAGAUAUUUUGUAGAGUGAGCCACAAUGUUCCCGAACAUUGAUGUUGGGGAACUAAUCUUGAUUCAACGCGAGUGAACAUUCGGGAGAUGACACACACACGGGGGGGAGGGGGUGACGCUGUGGGCAGUGCAGGACCUCCCAUUGUUGCACUGCACUCCUAUAUUCCCACGGUCCCUGUUCCCUGCCUACACCGACCUCCACUGACGAGCGAGGUGAAGUAUGGUCAAAUAACCCCCCCCCCGACCCGCCCGGUGUGGGUGGGGCCCAUCCCAAGCGGCGCAUGUCAGUGCUGUACGCGUGCACGCAUGUCAGCCGGUCAAGGCGCAGCCCUGCAAGUGCUCUCUCUCGCCACUGCUGGCGGAUGGGCCUCCCAUGCGCGCGAGCUCCAGAGGGUACUCGGCCUCUACUCUUCUGCGCUGACCACGCGUGCUGGGAGAGGGGGGGGGAGUCAUCCAGCAGUGGAUUGACUAAAGGGGCGCUCCCAUAGAAGCAGUGGUUACACUCAGCCGCGCUCUGCCUUGCCACGGAAACCUCUUCCCCCCCUCCCUCUCCCCCUCCCCUCCUUGUCCCGAUUCGUUCCGGAGUUUUUUUUUUAUAUUUCUGCUCGUUAAGCCCGGCUUGC